AUGCAAGUCGGGCUUACAUUAAGUUUAAAGAACAAAGAAGGUCGCCUUAAGUUGAAUCUCUUAGAUCAUGGAUGCUAUGUCGGAGAUUUAUCGAUAAAGUUGGAUGGAAGAGCAUCUUGGCUUUACCAAUUGCUAGUUGAUGCCUUUGAAGAGAAUAUAGCAUCCUCAGUAGAAGAAGGAAUUUCAGGGAAAAUAAAAGAAGGAAUAACAAAGCAUGAUAAUUUUUUGCAAGCUCUUCCAAAGCAAAUUUCCCUUGACGAAACUGCUGCGCUAAAUGUUUCUUUUGUUGGUAAUCCUGUGUUGAGUAAUUCUUCUGUUGCAGUUGCAAUUAAUGGUUUAUUCACAAGAACAAGCCAAAUCUUAGUUCCUCAAAGUUACAAGAAAGGAUAUCAAGUUUCUUCUGCCUGUGGUGGCUUACCAAAGAUGAUAAAGGUUUUAAUACACGAAAACGUGUUCAAAUCUGCUUCCCUAGUUUACUUCAACGCAGGUAAAAUGCAAUUGAUUAUCGAUGAACUACCCGAUAAGGCUCUUCUGAACACCUCUGGAUGGAGAUUCAUAGUUCCUCAAUUAUACAAGCGAUAUCCAAAUGACAACAUGCAAAUUAAUGUCUCUGCAUCUUUUCCACCAGUCAUACAAGUGGGUUACCAAGAUAUCGGUGCUACUGUUUCCAUGGAUAUAACAAUUAAUGUUCUAGAAGGCGGCGAGACCAUACCCGUUGCAUGUAUCUCAGUGGAUAUUAGUGCUUCAUGUUCUGUGGAAAUUUUAGGAAACAACAUUGCUGGUAGGAUUACAUUACAAAUUUUUUCUACAUACUUGAAAUGGAGCAAAAUAGGAAAACUACGCAUACAUCUUAUUCAGUCACUGGUAUCAAGUGCCGGUACCUAA